UAAGAGGAGUGUCAGACUCAGAGUAUGUAUCUUCCCGGUUAAGUAUAAACAUCCCCUCCGCUUCUCUUUAUUUUCCAACACGGACACUCCCUCUCUUGCUCCUAUUUCUCUUUCUCUUUCUCUAUUCAACACAACCUAACCACAUUUAAUUCCAAAUGCUCCAAAUCUCAUUAUUCGUCUUUUCAAUCAUCAUCACCGCCGCCACCAUCACGGUUGUCGCUGAUGAUGCCGCCGUCACCACUAACCUCCUCGAAUCUCUAAAACCAACACCCUCCGGCUGGUCUUCCAAAACACCAUUCUGUCAAUGGCAAGGAAUCACAUGCGAUUCAUCAAACCGCGUCACCACCAUAGACCUCCACUCAAAAUCACUCACCGGAACCCUCCCUUCAAAUCUCAACUCCCUCUCUCAACUCACCAUACUCAAUCUCCAAAACAAUGCUCUCUCCGGUACACUCCCUUCCCUAUCUAACCUAUCCUAUCUCCAGUCCGCAUUCCUCGGCUCCAAUAACUUCACCUCCGUCCCUUCCGCCGCAUUUUCUGGACUCACUUCGCUCCAAGACCUCCGCCUCGGUAAUAACAUUAACCUCUCACCAUGGACAUUUCCCACCGAGUUGACUCAGUGUUCCAGCCUCAACUCACUCGAUCUCACGUCCUCCGGAAUCAACGGUAACUUACCGGACAUAUUCGAUAAAUUCCCUAGUCUAGUCAGCCUUCGUCUCUCUUACAACAAUCUCACCGGCGAGUUACCUAACUCUCUUGCUGCUUCAUCAAUUCAGGAGCUAUGGCUCAAUAAUCAGGGGUUAACCGGUUCCAUCGCCGUGCUUUCUAACAUGACGCAGUUAACUCAGGUAUGGCUUCAUGUUAAUCAGUUCACUGGUCCAAUUCCAGAUUUAUCGCAAUGUAAGAAUCUAAUUGAUCUGAAACUUAGAGAUAACAAGUUAACUGGUGUGGUUCCUAAUUCUCUGAUGAGUUUGUCUAGUUUGAAGAAUGUUUCUCUUGAUAACAAUAAACUUCAGGGACCUGUUCCUGUUUUUGCUAAAGAUGUGCAAUUUAAUCCUGAUUUCGGGGUUAAUAGCUUUUGUCUUGAUAAACCUGGACCUUGUGAUGCUAGGGUCAUGGUUUUGCUUCAAAUUGCUGAGGCAUUUGGGUAUCCUUUUGUAUUGGCGAAUGAGUGGAAAGAGAAUGAUCCUUGUAAAUCUUGGAGAUUUGUUACGUGUAAUGGGGGUAAGAUUGUCAGCUUGUAUUUCGGGAAGCAAGGUUUCCAGGGAACUAUUUCGCCGGCUUUUGCCAAUUUAACUGAUUUGAGGAGUUUGAAUCUUAAUGGGAAUAAUUUGACUGGUUCUAUACCGGAGAGUUUGACCACAUUGUCUCAGCUUGAGACUCUCGAUGUCUCAAACAAUAAUCUCUCAGGCGUGGUUCCCAAAUUCUCAUCAAAGGUGAAGUUAGUAACUGAUGGUAAUGCAUUGAUUGGUAAAACUCUUGGUCCUGAUGGUCAUACUUCUAGUGGGUCAGCUGCUGGAUCGGGAAAUGGUAGGAUGACACCGGGUUUGGUUGCUGGUAUAGUGAUCAUUGUUGUGUUUUUGGUUGCUGCUGUGUUGUUUGUUUCUUUCAAGUGUUAUGCUAGAAGACGGCUUCGGAAAUUUUCAAGGGUUAGUAAUCCUGAAAGUGGGAAUGGAAAUAUAAAGCUUGAUCUUGCGAGUGUUUCAAAUGGAUAUGGCGGUGUUCCGAGCGAGUUGCAAAGCAAGAGCAGUGGUGAUCAUAGUGAACUUUAUGGUUUUGAUGGGGGGAGUGGUGGAAAUGCUACAAUUUCGAUUCAUGUUCUUAGACAAGUGACGAAUAAUUUCAGCGACGAAAACAUUUUGGGAAGAGGAGGGUUUGGUGUUGUUUAUCAAGGGGAGUUACCUGAUGGGACUAAAAUUGCUGUCAAGAGGAUGAUAUCUGUUGCAACGGGCAGCAAAGGGUUGAAUGAGUUCCAAGCAGAGAUUGCUGUUCUUACUAAAGUUAGGCAUCGGCAUUUGGUUGCUCUUUUGGGAUAUUGCAUCAAUGGCAAUGAGAGGCUUUUGGUGUAUGAGCAUAUGCCUCAAGGGACACUAACACAGCAUCUGUUUGAAUGUAGUGAACAUGGGUAUACUCCUUUGACAUGGAAACAAAGGUUGGCAAUAGCUUUGGAUGUGGGACGGGGAGUGGAAUACUUGCACAGCCUAGCUCAGCAAAGCUUCAUUCAUAGAGACCUAAAACCAUCAAAUAUACUAUUAGGCGAUGACUUGAGAGCAAAGGUUGCUGAUUUUGGGUUGGUUAAAAACGCACCGGAUGGGAAGUAUUCUGUUGAGACAAAGUUGGCUGGAACAUUUGGAUAUCUUGCACCUGAAUAUGCAGCUACUGGAAGAGUAACAACCAAAGUGGAUGUUUACGCAUUUGGAGUAGUUUUGAUGGAACUGAUCACAGGUAGAAAGGCAUUGGAUGAUACUAUUCCUGAUGAAAGGUCUCAUUUAGUUACGUGGUUCCGAAGGGUACUGAUUAACAAGGAAAACAUUCCAAAGGUAAUUGAUCAAACUCUGAACCCAGAUGAGGAAACAAUGGAGAGCGUGUAUAAAGUGGCUGAGCUGGCUGGCCAUUGCACUGCUCGUGAACCAUACCAAAGGCCAGAUAUGGGACAUGCAGUGAAUGUUUUGGGUCCCCUUGUGGAGCUAUGGAAACCUAUCACCCAUACAGAAGAAUACAGUUAUGGCAUUGACAAUCAGAGUCUUCCUCAAGCACUGCAAAGGUGGCAAGACAAUGAAGGCACUUCAACAAUAUUUAAUGGCAUGUCCUUCUCACAAACCCAAUCAAGUAGUACCAUCCCUUCUAAACCUCCAUUAUUUGCAGAUUCCUUUGGUUCAACAGAUUGCAGGUAACCAAAUUGAUAAAUGAGACACCGUCGAAGGGCUUUUUCUCAGUCCUUGUGAAAGUGGAACAAUUGGUUGAGAAAAAUUAUACCCAAGAAAACCGAAGGUUGUGAAGGUCUUUGAUAUGCUAGCAUCACCAAGUUAUAUAUGCCCAUUUUUUUAUUAACUUGAAAAUCCAAGUUUUUGGCUGCUUUUAAAAUCUCUUUUACUCUGAGAUAAACCUACUUAAAAGAAAUGAGAAACCUACUAGUUAGAUAUAAGUUUGACGUUCUUUAUUGGUUAUUAUAAACUGACGUAUAUAUUAUGGGUUUUAAAAGAAGGUUGGAACAUUAGUAGAUUCUGAGGUAAUUAGUUUUUGAGGAAGGGGAACGACCUAGAGAAAUCUUCAAUGUGUAAUAUGUUCCAUUUUUAAUCAGAAAUAUAUGUAUCCCUUAUAAACUGUAUUCGUUGGUUUUAAUUAGGAGUCACCCAUAGCAUCUUCUCUGUUGAGUCUUUUGACCAAGUAUUCGUAAGGUGUAAUGUGUGUGAAUCAUUUCCACAUCUUCUCUGUUGAGUCUUUUGACCAAGUAUUCGUAAGGUGUAAUGUGUGUGAAUCAUUUCCACUUAAUGCCCUGGAAAUCAGUAGUGAAUAAUCGAAACGAGCUAAACAUGUUACUAGUCUGAUAGUAAGAUAAUCGGUUGGGAUUUAUGGCCGGCAGCAUAUAAGGAGUUUGUAAAAUCAAAACAGAUGUGACAGAUCUCUUUCAUGCUUAA